AUGGAGAGAAUAGCACGACAAUUACGUCAACGGGUGCCCGUUACAAAGAUUGAGCUUGUGCAAAACGUAGAUCAAGAUCUAGUUCUAAAAGUCCUAAAGGAGAUCGAGUUUGAGAAUGCAUACUAUUGCAAGGGGUUCCUAGAGAAACUUGUUCUAUUCCUCGAAGGGAAGGGUGAAGACAUCAACGACGACAUGUAUGAAAAGUUGAGCGAUCUUCUACAGGCGGUUCCAUUAAAUCCAACCGAAACUGAAGUGAUAUCCUAUUGUGUAUCGUGUAAACCAGGGAAUAGAAAUUUGGUCAUAAAAGUUCGAGAAACACCGAAUUUGAUAUCAGGUUUGGGGACUACAGGGUUGCGCACAUGGGAAGCGUCUCUUUACCUGACGCAGUACCUGUUAAAUACUGACUACUGUGAUCUGAAAGAUACGACAAUCUUGGAACUUGGCUGUGGAACAGGGUUGGUGAGCAUGGCCCUCUAUAAAUAUCAUCCAACGGUGAAGAAAAUAUGCAUAACAGACGGCGACUCCCAGUUGAUAGAAAACCUACCAAAUAACUUGCAACUGAAUGAUAUACCAAUCGAGUCGCCCAGAAUUUCGAUCUCUAAGUUAUGGUGGGGCGAAGAUGAGCUUCCUGAUCCAAACAUUGAUACCAUCGUAGCUGCAGAUGUCACGUAUGACAGCAGCAUUCUAGAAGAUCUUGUCGGCGUCAUAUAUGAAUCAAUGACUCAGAACAAUCAUGGCUCCACGCUAGUGCGAAAUGCAUACAUUGCAGCCACCGUCAGAAACGAGACCACUUUAAAGGAAUGGGAGAAACUCCUCGAUCUCGGAGUUCAGGACACAAUAUGGAAAUGGACAAUUAUGGAGCCUAUGAGAUUUGAUGGAAUUUGGUAUCCUGAAAGUACUCCUGAGAUUCGCAUCUAUCGAAUAAUUAAGGUGUAA